AUGAACCGGGGCUGUGGCAACAAACUCGAGUACAGACAAAAGACACACCGAUCUAAGAACUUCGCUUACGUGGAGGCCCCUCUAAUGGAAAACCAUGGAGCUUUGCACUCAGACCUUCUCUCCUGGCAAGAAUGGAUCGAGGCAGGUCGGCGUCUCCGUGAGCGUCGAGACGUCCGGGAAACCACCAAGUACAUUGAGACGGCCCUUGUCAUUGACAAGUACAUGUUUGAGAAAAGAAACGGAAGUACGCGCACUGAGGUCGUCCAUGACGCUAUUCAAGUUGCCAAUAUUGCGGAUCUGUACUUCCGUACAUUGAACACUCGAGUGUCAGUGGUGUAUAUCGAGUCGUGGCAAAGCGCAGACCAAGCAGACCUAGACCGGAAGUACGACAUCACGCGAGCCAUUCAAAAGUUCAGCGACUACUCCGCCCGGAAACUGUACAAAAUUGAAAAGGACACCACGCAGCUACUGUCCGGUCAAAUGUUUCCUGGAGGCGAAUCGGGCAUAUCAGUGCCUGAUACAAUGUGCACACCGAAAUCUGUCGGCAUAUCCGUGGACUACAACACUUAUGAACCCCAUAUCUUGGCAGCUACCAUGGCCCACAUGAUUGGUCAUAAUAUAGGUAUGGGCCACGACGAUGGCCGAGAACAAUGUUUCUGCCGGGACUGGCAUGGUUGCAUCAUGUCUCAAUCUAUAGUUGGUCUGGAGAAUGUCCAGCCAUACAAAUUCUCAGACUGCUCCAGGAACGACUACAUGAACGAACUUAGGAUAGGCCAAGGGCUGUGUUUACUCAACAAACCAAAUGAGUUGGUUGUACAUCGUCAAUGCGGCAACGGUCGUCUGGAUGAAGGGGAAGAUUGCGACUGUGGAACCAUCGCUGAGUGCCAGAACACGAACCCAUGCUGUGACCCCUUCACCUGCCGCCUUACAAAGGAAUCCCAGUGUGCUUCUGGCGAGUGCUGCGAUAAGUGUCAGCUAAAACCCCGAGGCAUUGUAUGUCGGGACUCCACCAACGAAUGUGAUCUAGAAGAGACCUGCACUGGCUUAUCAGGUGCCUGCCCAAUUGAUUCAUACAAAAAGAACGGCGAGGCAUGUGAAGCUGGCAAGGGGUAUUGUUUCGCGGGACAGUGUCCCACUCUCUCCCUGCAGUGUGAGAAGAUCUGGGGACCAGGUACCAUCGGGGCUGACAAGCAAUGUUUCGAGCAAUUCAAUUCGAAAGGCGCAGUGACAGGACACUGCGGGAAAGACAGUGGUGGAAAUUAUAUCAAAUGUGACAUGGAAAACGUUCGAUGCGGUUCACUUCAAUGUCAAUUGGGAAACAGAUAUCCCAUAGUGCCCGGGAUGGACGAAUACUACACAAGGACAGUUAUCACAAUCAAAGGAAAUGAAUAUGACUGCAAGGCAACUACAGGUCUACUAGAACACGAGGAAGUGGGUCCACUAGGGCUGGUACGGGAUGGCACACCUUGUGGAGAUAAUCUGAUCUGCGUCAACCAAACCUGCACUUCCAUCUUCCCCUUCAUCGAUCACACCAAGUGUCCUACGGAUCACAACAACCACGAGUGCUCUGGAAGAGGGCUAUGUUCCAACAUGAACAAGUGUGUGUGCAACCGCGGGUGGACAGGACCAGAUUGCUCUCAGCCCGACGCGUUGCCACCCCUUCCCACAGCCUGGGUACCAGAAAACUCUACCAAGGCCGCCUACAAUAUGACAAAGAAGGAAACGCCGUAUGAGAACUACCACGGCUCAAACACGGUAUUCCUCGUGGCGGUCCUCAUGUCUGUGGUAGGGGGGGUAUUCAUAGUAUUUGCCCUGAGCGCUCUCUGCUACAGGUCAGUCGUAGUACACAAAAACUUCUCCCUGUGCCUAAGGAAAAAGAGCACGCUGCCGAAAUACGACCCUCCGUAUGUCAAGAAACCCAUCGCUAAGAGCUUCGCGGGCGGAUCCACCACAUCCAACAACUCACAAGAGGAUAUCUCCAUGGAGACCGGGAAGUUACAUUCUUUCAACAACACGUUCAGCCGUGGCGACUCGCAGCGCGUUAUCUUCAGACAGGGCAAUCACAUGUCUGGGGCUGGUGGCGCUGGCCGAUAUCCAGACCACAAUAAAAUGAAGCGCGUCCAUUCUGGUAGUGAAGAUGACCCAACACAUUCGGGUGAAGAAGACAUAGCAUUUAUUGACGUGACACCUGGUAAUAUGUCAAAGCUGCCAGAGAAAGGUAUUCUUAAGAAGCACGGCUAUGGAGCUAUAGAUGGUAAAGAUAAAUGGGGAGACGACUCACAAUCUGAACAUCUGGAGGCAGGUUCCCAGUCAGAUGGCCAGGAACCUGCUGGAGCUGUUGCUGAUAUGGAAUACAAGUUUAAGGAUUUAAACGGCUACCACGAGAAUAUAAUUGAAGCAUUAAAAACAGCAGCAGCUCAUCGUGCCUCAGGUGCCUCUGGAUCGGGAGACCUUCAUGCUUUACAGGACUUCGUAUACAAAAGGGAGAGGGCGCCCAGUGCUGAAAAGAUUCAUGAGACAGAGUUUAGAAGGCAAAGGGGAGAGGAGGAGGAAGACGACCAGCCACCUUGCGUACCUUAUCGCAUCAGAAACUUGGAAGACCUCAUCCGGCAAUUGGAACAGCACUCCAGUCGGCACAUGAGCCCCUCUGGUUCCGAAGAUAUCAGGAUGUCAGAGACUGAAGCCGAUAGACAUUAUAGGAUUGAAGAUGUGGCACCGCGGUCGGCCGACAGUCGGUGUCGCGGUCGUCCUCCACCGGGCGAGGAAGAGACGCGCUUUAGCUACAGAGGCUUCCGGGGCAGCGGGCGGCACCAUUCAGCCAUAUUUGCUGCACCCGCUCCGGGUAUGCUUGCGCACGCGCACGCGCCACAUUCGCACUCGGCGCAUCGCGUCCCACCCGACGACGACGCUCUCUACGAGACUGCCGACGCUGAACGACUCAGGGACGCACCCGAUAGCGAAAGUGAUGAAUUUAUUCAAGCUCAACAACAGUUAGCCCGGUGGGCGAGUGAAGAGACGGUGGCCGCGCGGGAUUACUUCCCAUCGCCAGUCGGCAGCUCAGCCAGCGACCGCCCCGCCGCAUUCCCGGAGUACACCCACUGA